CCACGUAAUCUUGUUGUGGUAUUAUCUAUGACAUAGGAUAGAAGCUUCUAGGAUAUAUUUGGCUUAAAAGGCACUCAAACAUAUUCUUAAGACACUGUAAAAAAGAAAACAAGGUAUUUUCUCUUGCACAUGUUACUGCACGUAUUUGUUCGUGUGCAUGUGUAAAUGCACCCGCGUGUCUGCAAGAUAACUACUUCACGUUUCGGAUGCAAGGUAAUGUGAUAUGACAUUUUUUAAGUCAUGCAAACCAGACCGAGGCACAGUUGGGAUCAACACACUAGUGGCACCAGGAACUAACUAUUAACAUGAGUCACCACCUCUGGGUAAAAAGCUGCAUUCAAUUUUGUAUUUAAACGCUGACAACCGCUUGAGCAUUAACCGCCUAGUUUAUUUGCCGCAAUGACAGAUAACGAUUUAUACUUAUUGUUUUUACCCCCGAAACGUUUGUGCCGCGGUGGCCAUUGUUCAAACACAACUUUAAAACAAGUUCAGAUGGGUGGGGGAGGGGCAACCCAAAAGCACUAAACAUAGCUAGUUUGAAGUCUGCUGCAACCCAGCCCCUACGCAUGCUCAGCUGCAGCAGGCCUGUGCACCCCCCCCCCCCCCGGGCCUCUAGACAUGACACACACCCGUCCCUAACCUCUUGGGAUGCCGCCGGGGCCCUGUUUGUUGGUUUAAAAAGAGUGACUUUUGAGUGGCGCGCGGCGUGGCUAAUUUAGCGUUUGAUGCACGUCUGCUCUCCUGCUUUGCUUUAGCGGUAAAAGGUGACGACUGACCCGGCGAGAUAAGAGCUGUUUGCUUUGGGUUUAGAUAUUGUUUGUGUGUAGGGUCAGCGGCGAUGACUGGCUGUGAUUUGUGUGGCCCUCGUAGUGUGUUUUUAUCUGAGGUGGAACAGGUGACUGUUGACUUGGCAAACACAUGAAAGUAUUUUUUGCCCAGUCAUUUGUAUCGACACGGCAUUGGUCACGACAGGCCUUGAGUUCUGUUGUGAGUGCUUUAGUUUAAUUUAUUAGGGGUCUGUUUCAUUUGAAUUGUGGAAAAGUCCUCAAAUCUUCAUAGGAAGUGGGAGUCUGUAAACAGCCAGAACAUGGGGUGGAGUGCGUCUGCCUCUUAAAAACGUAAGUCCCAGAGCAGCAGGUUAUUAAUGAGCCACUGCGAAGUAUUAGGCGUAUCUUGUAUGGGUUCAGUUGAGCGUGCCUUCUGGUUCCUUGACUCAGGCAAUUACCGACGGUCACCUGCCCACCUGACCGCUCAAUCACCUUACAUUAGGGUACCCAAAAGGUCAGAGGUGGCGGGCCCAAGCCUGAGAGCAACCUGAGCCACCCUGAAGACUCCCAAAGGUCCUGAUCUGGCAUUGAGAGCGAUGACCCCGUGCUAACAGGUUUUUAUAGGUGCUAGCAUCAGCUAGCAAAGCAUGGCGUUACCCAUGGCUCUGCAAACUAUCACCGCAGUUCAAGUCCUGUCCCUAGUGGCCAUAUGCAGCGCGGUGGGGAAGAGCGAUCGCGUCAACUUCUACAACAUCAAACCACCAGUUCAGGCCACACCAUUCCCCAAUAGUUUUAAGUGCUUCACCUGUGAGCGAGCGCGGGACAACUACAACUGUAACAUCUGGGCUGAGGACAAGUGGUGUUCAGAAGACACUCAGUUCUGUAUGUCAGUUCACCACUUCCACUCCACUCAUGGAAAAACCAAGUUUGUGACAAAGAGAUGCGCUGCACAAGAGGAGUGCCGUCAGUCGGGCUGCCGGCACCACAAGGAGACGGGGCACACGGAGUGCGUGUCUUGCUGCGAGGGAAUGAUCUGCAACGUCGAGGUUCCCACCAAUCACACCAACGCCGUGUUCUCCCUGAGAGCAAUAGCGCUCGGUUCGGCGCCGUGCCAGACGAGCCCUCCCUGGAAGACCCUGGUUCUAACCCUCGGGUUGUGUGGACAGUUCAUAUUGUGACCCUGUGGCAGCCUGGAACUUGGCAGGGGAUCUUGUCUGGGGAGAGAGCCAGCAGACGCACCAAAACGAACCUUCCAUUGAUUUGAUAUGGCAGCGUUUCCCAGGCAAAUGCCAAAGAUGACGGAGAGUUCAUUAAAACGUGACGCUCGAUGUCCGGGGUCGAGCCGGCUCCUCCAGUCGAAACACAAAAGGGAGAUAGAACUCACACUACUGCUCGUUCACCCGAACGGCCAGACCUUUGCCACGCGUCGCCUGCACGGCCCGUUCAGAAAUGGGUCCGUCACCGGAUGUCCUCCCACGCAUUUGCUACCAUAACGCUGCCAUAUUGUUCUGAAUGAAACUGCAAAGUAUAAUUUGGAUCGAAAUCGUCUUUGAGGAAUCCGAAGAUCUGGCCAAGGUGGAAGUGAUUCAACAUGAAGUUGGAAGACAAUGGACUCUUUCUGGAUGCAGUUGGUUGCGUACGCCUACAUGAUGGCAACAUUACCAAGCCAAGCCUUUUUAGCGAGCUCGAUAGAACAGUGAAUGGAGUGUUUCUUAAGACCCUGCCUAGAAGGCUGCCCAACAAUGCUGCCAGCAGGUUUGGGGGUUUUAGGCAUCCCCAAAACAAUCUCUGGGAUUAUUAACGUUCCGGGGAAUGUUAAUGAUAUGUUUUUCUUUAUGGAAUUACAGACCACUUUAAACAUUCAUUAUGCCGGACAUGAAAUAACACGUGGCCAUGGAGAGACAGUGUUUUCUGUGUGACCCAGUGAAUUUGGCACUUAUGAUGUUAUGCCAGAUAGUUUUAUACAUACAGUGUAUAUAAUUGAAUAUAUUUGCACUUUUUCGUUCGGAACAUUGUAUAUUUGAAGUAGUUCUAUCAGACCUUUUUGUAAGGAAUAUAAAUACAAUUGAUUAUA